AUGCGUUUCUUGGCCUCCGAACCGUACAUGCCGCCAUGUGGAUGCACAUCGCCUCUAGCUGCCACUCCAACUGUCUCGGCUCAGAACAAAGUUGUCAUAGUCUGCAGAAAAUGCGAUGGAGUCAUAGAAGAGCAGCCCCCAGAGAACACAGACAACACUACACCGUUCCCCUUUUCUGAUCUGCCUCUGGUCGCGCAGCGAUGCAUUUUGGAAUGCUUUGAGUUCGUCCCAAAGUAUCCGUACAUGCAAGACGUAAAGCCGUGGGAGGUUUCUGUUUGGGACAUUGACAGAGCCACCGUUCGCCCAGAGUUUCUCUUUGGCAGUCAACCAGACCAUUCUCUGAUUAGAGACAUCCACAUCGGCACCAUGGAAACUCACCCCGCUGCCAAAGAAUGGAAGGAAUUCCUGGAAGUCGCAAAAACACGCAAAUCGCUGCUCUCCGUGAGCAAACACGUUCGCACAGAAUGGGCCCCCCGUUUCUGGAGCACAACGACCAUUCACAUUGGUCAUCAAGUCCCCGGAUCUGCUCAUAACGUGUCACCACAGCUCUUCGACGAGACCUUCCUUUCAAAGAUCGAACCACAAUUGUUGCCCUUUCUUCGAAACAUUGUGUUUUACCCCCUUGUCGAAAGCGUCAACGCGGUCGGUGUACGCAUUGCGCAUGGAGACACCGUCGGAGUAGCCAACGCAGGAUAUUUUACCAGCAUGCAAGAGCUGGGAGAUAUCUUGCUCCGUCACCGCGACCUCGCCAAUCUCACCAACUUGUCUGUUUUUUACAGACCAUUGCCCCAACUCAUCCCAAGAAUCAGUGAGAUCACACUCACCGCAAAUCAUUACAACCAGCUGCGUGAGCGAUGGGGCUUCAUGGACCAGGCAGGAAGUUGGCGAGACUUUGAAACGGCCUUGUCCCAGGGUUUGCUGAAGGGAUUCAAGAUCAAGAAGGAGGUUGGCGUCAAGAACCCCGAGGAGGGCACAGUGCGUACUUUGAUCUGGUGGAAACUUAGUUUCACCAAGCCUAUGCAGUAG